AUGGCAGUGAAGGAGAUUGCUAACCGCAAGACACUAUGGAAAAUGAACUCAACCAGUGAACCUACCUUAGAAGUCAGUUCAAUGAAGAAAUUCACCAUUCCUAAGAUCAGGAGGACAGCAGAGAAAGUCUACUUGUCACCUUGUUGCACCAACACUAGAGAGUAUAGUUUUGUACAUGACAUACUUAACCAGUGCCGGUUAGAUGUAAGCUGUGAUCUGCAGUCAUCAUGGCAAUUUGGGGAUACAAAACUGGUUCACAACGAGGAUUUAGAAAAAAAUUUUACUUCUAAGAGGUCAGAGAUGCGUGAGAAUGGAAGACAUGGCAGAGAACUUGAAGAACAUUUUGGCUUUUUAGCACUCCCUCGGAGUGAUGUGGCUGAGAUAUAUCAGAAUGGGAUAAGUACCAAAGCAUCUACACUGAAGAUAUUAGGAAAUCCUCUUCUUGGAAUUUAUAUAUUUAGACAUGUUGAUGUUGCUUUGAAUUAUGCUCAUCAUAGAGGCACUACUGUAGAAAGUAUUAUAAUUUUAAAGGUUCUCUUUGGAAAAGUGAAAAAAAUUCAACCUUCAGUGAGUAAAAACAAAGUUUCUUUGGAUCCUUCUCCUAACUUUGAUUGCCAUAUGUCGAGAAAUACACCUUCUCUGAAAGACUCCAUUGAGCUACAAGCCUACAACUCAGCAGUAUACUUCUAUGAAUAUAAUGAUUUAUCAAAGCCAGUAGAUAAACCUAGGCAGUGUCUUCCAUAUGCAAUAGUAACAGUAAAAUUUGUUACUCAAAAGGUAGAUAAUGGACACUUUAUGACAUCUUUGAAAUUCCCCUCAACAGGAUUUCCUAGGAGGGCUGGAAGAACAUGCUCUCUGAAUAACUGUACAGUGGCCAAAAGAAUUGGAAAAGGAAAAGAUGCUACUAUCAUCUAUGAGCAUUUCAGGAAACCUGUAAAUCCCUUUCUUCAGGAAAACUGUUUAUGCAAUUCAGAGAUAAAUCCUUCCAACUCAAAUAUUUCUAAUUCCUUUAUAAAUGUGCAAAAUGGAAACAUUUCUGUACUUGAAACAUUCAGUGAACAGAUGGAGCCCAAUUUAGCAGAAUGUAGAGACACUUCUCAAGCACCUGCAUAUGUUUCGGGUCUUUCAUCUAUUCCCAGUGAUACCAGAGAAAGUGUUAAUGGUGAUGUCUUGUUAAAUUCGGCAAAUCUUAAAAAUGUUUUAAGUGGUUUUUCUUCUGCACUUCCCCUCAAUAAUAAUACUGGCUUCAGCACAGUUUUUACUUCAAAACUCAUCAAAGACCCACGACUGAUGAAGAGAGAAAAAAACAUGGAAAAGCAUAAUAAUAAUACAGGUUUAAAAGAGGUUUUGCCACUUGAGAAGAGUUUAAAUUAUGUUAAUUCAGAAAUAGACCUAUCAUCUGUGCCAGCUAAUUCAGCCUCCUCAUCUGAAGUCAUAUUAGGCGAUCAUGCUAUUCUUACUGAUUGUUUUGAUACCCAUUGCUUCAAAGUUUCUUUUGAUAAUUCACAAUCUCAGGCUAACCACAUAGACUCUAAAAACUGUGAUUAUAUAACUCCCAAUAAAAUUACCACGGCAGGGCAGUGUAAGGACCAAGACAAUUCUUCCUGCCUAGUGUGUUCGUCAAAUGCCGUGUCAAAGGUUAAGAACCAAAAACAGGGUGAGGAAAAAGCCCAGAGAUUCCAACAGAGAAGCAACAUCCCACUUUCAGCUGACCAAAACAAUGAGCCACAUAACUCUCAUGAAUCAGUGCAUACUUGUACCCAAGGGUAUGAUAGUCACAUCUCUCACAACUCACAGUCUUCUUCUGAUCUAAAAACUGUUUAUCAUUCUGGUCACCAAAUAUCUGCAGUUCCACUUCAAAGGAAAGAAGGCAUACACGAGUACAUUCAAAAUAUUGGAAGUAUGAGAAACUUCACUGGCCCAGAAGACAAUCCCAAACACAGAGAAAAGCAAAAUUUGUGGAAAGAAAUUGAUAAUCAUUUUACUAAAGAAACAAAAAUCAGUCCAGUAGAUAAUUACAUUUCCUUACACCAAGAAUACAAAGAUGAUGAGAGUCUUGAUUCUUUUGGAAAAAGUUGUAAUCAAAAAUUAAUUAUGGAGGAGUUGGAAGUACCAAAAUCUUCCACAUCUACCACAAAAGAUAAGUAUGGGCUGGAUCAAGCACUGAAAUUGCAAAAUAAACUUACUCCAAGAGAGGCAAGCCUUUCACAAAAUCCUCAGAUCUCUUUCAAGUAUAAAGAUAACAUGAAUACAAGCUUUGCCAUUUCUCAAAAACUAAUAGAACUGAAAUUGGGAAAACCAGAUCAGAACAGUGUUGGCAUUAUGACUGAUGCCUCAGAGGAAACAAAAGAUGCUCCACAGGCCAGAGAACUACCAGUUGAAACAGUUAUUUCAUCCCAUGACAUUCAAACAGCUUACGACAAUUCAAAUUGCAGCAUAGCCAGAGAACAGACCUGUGUCCAGAGGAAAAAUGAAAAUGAUCCAGUGACAUUAGAGAACAUUCUAAGAGACAGCAAAGGAAUGCCUCACAUUUACGAAACAGGUCAAGAUCAUACUUUGUUUUAUAAUGCACAGUUGAACAGUGAUACACACCUGAAUAUUGAUUUUAAGGGACAAAGAGAUAAUAGUAAAGAAAACCAAAAUGAGGCUAAAGAGGAAGACAUUGCUUCAUGUACAGAAAAUAACACAGAGAAUAUAUAUGAAGAGCAGCAGGUUUCUCACACAGACAAAAAUUUCACCACUAUAGAUGAAAAGAUGAAGAAUAAAAAUUACACUAGUGUAGAAAUUCCGAGUUCCAAAGAAUUUUACACUACAUUUAAUUUGACUUGGGGAAAAAAAUAUGUAUCAACAGCAACUGCAUUACCAGAAAAUGAAGAUACUGUCACUGCUGUAAAACAAAAAGAUACUCGAAAUACUAGAAGGAGUGUAGAGCCAUCGGUUUCCAGAGCAGGUGCUGACAUUGCAGACUCUCCAGCGCUGGUUGCCUCCGAUGCACCAGUACAGAGAGCUGGUACUCCGGUGCCUGCAGGGGGCGCAAAUCCUAAAGCCCAUCAAAGAUACAUGUUGAAAGAAACCUGGUCUUCUGAGGGUCCUGAUUUGAGUUUUUCAGUAAAACAUGAGGUUUCUGAUAGUGAAGUUGAUGUGGAUAAAAAUAAACUACGUGCCUCAUUUCACCAGCCAGUCAGUGACAACUCAGUUAUUCAAAGUUUAGGAUUGGAAAAUGUGAUCAAAGUAGGAUUAGAACAGUGUGGUAACAUUUUUCUCUUUCAGCAAAAUAUCCGACGCUAUAGGAAUGUGGUCAAUGAAGAAUCUGACGCUUCAUAUGAAGCUCUGAAGUCUCGUAUUGAUUGGGAAGGUCUAUUAGGAAGCAGUCAUGGGCAGACAGAAGUUUUUAAAAACCCCACAAGAAGGGAUAAUAGUGAUCAGCAUUACUCUGGGGAAGGUAAUUGUUUUUAUGCCCCUACACAAAAACGCAAAGCACAGAUCUUCAAUCCAAUUUUACUUCCAGAUCUACAAGUUACAAUUACUAACAUAUUUAUGCCAGAAUUCAGUCCCACUGUUGAGUCCCUUGCAUUGAAAGAUAAUUUUCAUAAAUAUGAAACUGAUGCCUCAAGACCAGAAGUAAAUGAGGGGAAAGUUCCAGGAUUUGAAAUUGAGUCCCAGUGUUCUGGUGAAAAUUCACAUUAUCCAUGUGAAGAUGAAUUUGAUAAUAUAAGGCAAGAAUCAGGUCUAGUAAGUAAAUCUGAAACCCCACUGUCAUUUUACUUGAGUCAUAAUACACAUGUGAAUCACAUGUCUGUAAAACAAAACAGUGGACCUUUGCUUACUAAGCCUUCUAAUGUCACAACAAUAAAUAAUGAAAGGUGUUCCUUGACACAGUCAAAAACUGAUAGUAAUGAUACUAGAAGUAAAAAGGACACAAAAUCAAGAAUUAGCAAAAGGAAGUCACAAUCACCUUUUAGGGACCAGAACAUACCAUAUAAAGAUUUAAGACAUCAUGAGAUUUAUGGAAAGAAAAAGAGGCUAACCAGUCAAGACUCAUCUGAAUGUUUUUCUUCAUUAUCCCAAGGACGAAUUGAAACCUUUUCAAAGUCAGAAAAAUACAUUAGGAGUGUCCUGGAUAUUCUACAUAGUGAAGCAUUUUUAUGCAAAAGCAAACGUAUUUCCAGAAAACUUGACAGAGCUGCUCUUCACUUAAAAAAAGCUCAUAGAGGAGUUCAUGCAUCUUUGCAGCUUGUAGCUAAAGUGGGAGGAAUAAGAAAAGGCCCAUUACCAAAAUCAUAUGCCAUAAUAUGCAAUAAUUUCUGGGAAAGUUGUGACCUUCAAGGUUAUAGUUCUGUCUCUGAAAGAAGAUAUUAUUCCACUAAGCAUUUUUCAUCAAAAAGAAAAUACAACAAACCAGGAAAGAAAAGAGCUUUGGAAUUUGAAGUUGAUAAAUCAUUAACUCAUGUAUCAAAGUAUGAGUCUUAUAAAACAAAUGGAAAGAGAGUCACAAAGUGCUUUUCUAAGAAAAACGUGGCCAGCAGUGUCUCCAGAAGUCAUACCACUAUUCACGUGAGAGAAUUUUGUGAUCAAGAGUAUCUUGACACACAGAUACCUCUCUGCUCCACAUCCCAGAGUACUAGUCAGUCAGCUUAUAACAAUUGCAGUGUGAAAAAUCCAAGAUCAUCAGAACUUCAGCCCUUUUGUGGAAAAAGUGAGUAUCUGUUUUCCUCAGUUCAUCCAGAUCAGAAACUAACUAAAGAAGAAAAUCAAAUAGACAUAAAGUUCUUGCCUAACAUCGGUAAAUAUGAAAAGCUAGAGAACGCUUCAGCACAUAAUAAUAUUAAGGAUGCAGCAGAAGAAAAUAAUUCUGAGACUAAUGAAGUAAUAAAUAAAAGUAAAUCAGUUACUUUAAGUUGCAUAAAAGAAAAUGUAAGUUUUAGUACAGACCAAAAUUAUAAUGCAACUUGUAUAGCUCACACAAAGGUGAAAACUGACAUAGUUAUUUCUAUUUUAGAAUCAAAUGUGAAGCACUUUUUAAAUGUUGAUAUCUACAAACCAGAUAACUCUACUUUAUGUGGUUAUAAAAGAAAUCUGGACGUAAAUUUUCCUACAGAAAAAGGGACAGUUUCUAAUGAGAGCUCUAAACCAAAUGUUACAGGAAAUUUCCUUAUGGACCCAUUAAAUCUAACUCUGAUGACAAGCAAGAAGUGUACCAGUAUUCCUCAAUUAUUAUCACCUGCUCCAGUGACAGAUAGUGAGGGAGAAUCUUCCCAAUCUUACUUGGAUAAACAGAGAAUUACUACUGUAAAUUCUGCUGUAGUAUCCACCAGUGUAUCACACUGUCAGCAAGGAUGUGGUGCAAAGGAACUUCUACAGACAGAACAAUGCUCUUCAAGUAACUGCUUUCACAUUAACAGGAAUGAAAUAAAUGUUACUGAGAAUUCCGAGUUGGGUCUUACAUCAAUAACUGAAGAAAGUAUGAGUUAUGGGAAAAAUACAAUGGCACUAUUUCCCAAUGAUAGUUCUUUGCCCUUAAAAGAUAAUAUAAAGAGUUCUUCAAAAAAAUGGAUAGCAAAGAAAGACAUUCAGGACAGAAAAAUGUGGGAAGUUAAACAAGCAGAAAAAGCAAAAGAUUCAAAUCACAAAAAAAGCAUCUCUGAAGGAUCAGCUAAGACUGACAACAAAAGUGAAAAGUUCUUAGAAGACUCCUACUUAAGUGAGAAAACAGUUAAAAACAGUUUGAUCGAUUCUCAUCUAAGCAUUAAGAAUACUACUGAGGUAGUCUCUUUGAAUAACACGGUUUCUGAUAAAUUUAACAAAAGAGAAAAAGGGGGGAAAUUUAAAGUUAGUAAAGACUCUCAGUCUGACUGUACAUUACAUUCAGAAACAGCCUAUAAUUCCAGACCAGGCAUUGUAGGGAUGAAUCGUGUGCCUAUUUUAUAUGCUCACUCUGAAAUCUCCAAAGUCACUACUCAGAAGCAGCCUACAUCAUACAUGAAUGAAUUAAAAGAAAAACAUUGCUCAGCUAAUCCUUCGGCUCUCAUAGCUAGUAGGCUGGCUCAAAUUUUGAGGAGGGCAGAUGAAGCAUCAUCAUUGCAGAUUCUGCAAGAAGAAACUAAGGUUUGUCAAAAUAUUCUUCCUUUAUUUGUUGAAGCUUUUGAAAGAAAGCAAGAAUGUUCACUUGAACAAAUCUUGAUUUCAAGAGAACUAUUGGUAGAACAAAAACUGUGGAAUAAUUACAAACACAAAUUAAAACCAUGUGCUCUUGACUCCUUGGUGGAACUCCAAAUGGUGAUGGAAACUAUUCAAUUCAUUGAAAACAAAAAAAGGCUCUUAGGAGGUGACCCAACGUUCAGAAGCUUGCUUUGGUACGAUGAGACAUUGUACGGUGAGCUGCUUAGCGGGCCACGUGGAUUUCAACAACAAUCCAAUUUCUAUCCUGCUUUUCAAGGAAGAUUGAAAUACAAUGCUUUCUGUGAGUUGCAGAACUAUCAUGAUCAAUUAACUGAAUUGUUUGAAGAAACCAAAAGGGGAAACAAUUCAUACUACAAAUUCUUAAAAUACAAACGACAGAUUAAUGAGUGUGAAGCAAUAAUGAAGCAAUGUUCUGAUUGCUUUGACUUUUCUCUUUCUGUUCCAUUUACCUGUGGAGUUAACUUUGGAGAUAGUUUAGGAGACCUAGAAAUCUUAAGAAAAAGUACUUUAAAGCUGAUCAGUGUGUAUGGAGACUCUCCUAAAGUUGAUUCAUAUCCAGAAAAACAAGACCAUCUGUGGAUUAUCAUAGAAAUGAUCACCUCAAAAGUUAAUUUUAUCAAGAGCAAUGAGGCGAUAAAUAUUAAAAUAUCUCUUUAUGGUCUGGAACAUAUCUUUUUUGAUGCUGCAAAAAGUCUUGUUUGGAAAGAAAAGAGACAAUGUUUCAGUAGGAAACACUCAGGAAAGAAGAACAAAGAAAUGCUACUGAAAAUGAAUCAAUAUGCUUUUUCUAAGUUGGAGGAGAUAUAUGAGACAUUGUCUAAGGAUUUCAGCAGUGAACAAAUUCCCAGUAUUGGGCUUGAGAAUACUGUGAUUGCUUCCAGAAAGUCAGAUGGUCUAAUAAACAAAGCAAUGAUUAACAUAGAAAACUGUAUGUUUAACAGUACUUUGCCUUCACACCCAGAUAUCUGUUGUAUUAAUGAAAUACUGCAUCAAGCUGAACUUGCAGACUUAAAAAAAUUACAGGAACUCACUUUGAGAUGUACCGAUCACUUAGAAAUUUUAAAAAAAUGGUUUCAGGUGCUGCAAGAAGAUAACAUAGAAAAUAUUUUUAUCACAGAAGAAAAUGUUUUGGAUAUAAAAAACUACAACCAUGGGGCUACAAUUUUAAAACCAGAAGCCAUUGAAACCUACAUUGAAAUUGUCAUGCUCUCAGAAACAGUUCACUUUCUUAAAAACUCAAUGGCAAAGAAACAAGACAAACAGAGGUUUCGAGGUAUGCUUUGGUUUGAUCUGUCACUUCUUCCUGAGCUGGUUCAAUGCCAAGAAAAAAUGGCUUCUUUUUCCUUUGUUAAAGACAAUUCAGCAGAUUGCCUUUGGCGAGUGAUAGAGACUGCUAUUUCUAAACUUAAGAAAGACCUGGAUAUUAUCUACAAAUACAGUGAAGCUGUUAAUUGCUCAUAUGCUCUUCAUUUGCUCUCAAGAGAACUUGAAGAACUUUCAGAAAUAAAAAAACUUAUAAGGAAGUGUGACUAUCCUAUUUCCACAUAUAUUGACUUUGUGCCGUAUAUAGCAUCCCUUAAUUACGGAAGCACUGUAACAGAGUUAGAAUACAACUACAAUCAGUUUUCUACACUGCUCAAAAAUGUAAUGGCUGCCCCUCAGAGAGAUUUAGGGAAAAUGGCUCAUAUCAUGAAAGUCAUGAAAACCAUUGAAGAUAUGAAGAUAAAGUGUGCUAAAAAUGCUGAAUUAACCAUUUCCUUUAUCCUGUGCCAAAUGAUACACAACAGAAAGAAGGCUCUACAACUGAAGAGAAAAGAAAAAAUUGAUAUUCCCAUAAAACCUACAGAAAGUAUCAAUAAAUCCAGUGCUUGUGUGAAAGUACCCUCAGUUGCAGAGUGGGUAAUGAAAAACAUUUCUGGUUCCUCUAGAAAACGACCUAUCACUGACAACAACUAUGAAGACUCUCAGGAACAAGAGAAAAACACUACAGUUUCCAGCUGUAAAAAACAAAAGGUUAACAUGAAUGAUGUCAUAAUAGUCAAGAGAGGAAAACCAACAUUCAAGCGUCCUAGAACUACAGGAUCUCAUCCUGAAAGUGAAAAUGGAAUAGGAUCAAGUUCAUCUGACACUUUGAAAAGAAACCAUGUAUCUCAAGAAAAGACAGAAAUGCAAAGAUCACUACCUGGCUCACUACCUUUAAAGAAUCUAAAAGACACUUGCAAGUCAAAGUCAGAGGGCAAAAUGGACUUAACUAAUAUUUCAUCUGAUACUUCAGAAGAUUUCACUAGACAACAGGAAAACUUGAAUAGCAUGAAGAAAAAAGAUGUGAAUUUUAGUGCUGCUGACACAAAGAGUGGUAAGAAAGAUUGGUGUUCUUUUGCUGUUUGUGACCAAAACAGUGUCGAUGGCACAUUUUCACAAGACCACGAGACACCUUCACAGAAACUCCUUCACCCAGAUCCUGCAGAGAACUCUUGUCCCACAAACGUAAAACCAGGAACUGAUGCUUCUCUUCUGCUUAAUGCAUCAGUGCUCUCAAAGCCGAUUUUUUGUUCUGUGAGGGAUCUCCGUGCUAAUUUAGAAAUGAAUGACACUGUCAUUGAACUUCAAGACAAUGAAGUAUUAAAUUCAUCUAUUAAAAAUUCUACAUACACCAGUUCUUCAGAACCCAUGUUCACCCAGAACAAAAUUUCAGGUCUGCAAAUAAAUAAAACACAGCCUGCAAAAACUGAGUCAAAAGAAAAGCAUACUAGAGAUACAUUGAAUCCUAGUACCUUACCUGUUGGAGAAUCUGGGAACAUAACCCUUAAUGUGAAUCAAACAAAAAGAUAUUCUUUCUCUGAACAACAGAAUAACGAAAAUUCAGAAGUCCUGACUCAGAAUUCUGCCACAUACAGGAAUGGACUUCCACAAUCUGCAUGUACCCCAAUGUACAAUUCUUCUGAGCAUUUGUUUGGAACUUCGUCUCCUUACUAUGCUUGGUGUGUUUAUCAUUACAGCAGUAGUGGUAAUUCCAUCACGCAGACAUACCAGGGGAUAACAUCCUAUGCAGUACAGUCGCCACCUGCGGUGUUCACUGCAGUUGCAAGUACUGUCCAAAACACACAUUCUAAUCUUUCGUACUCACAGUAUUUUGGUUACUUUCCUGGGGAGCCACAAGCGAAUUACUUUGUGCCAGUGAAUGGGUAUUUUCACUCUCAAAUGCCUGUUUCUUACGCUUUUCAGCAGCCUGUGUUUUCCCACUAUGCUUCCCACCAGCCAUCACCGCAGGUUGCAUACCAUUACCCUCCUAAUUCAGGUGUGUUUCCAGAAGCUCCUUGGACUUAUGUUCCAUGGCGCCAAGAACCCUUUCAGCCAGGACAUUGAAAAUAGUCUUCUGUCUACUGAAAUAAAGGAGAUUCAAUAAGU